CCAGGGGGUGGGGAGAUGGUGACAGCUUCAGGAAGCCGCGCUCGGCAGCGGCAGACAGCGGGAAGCAGCUGGCCGCAGCAGCAGUCGCACCAACGCAGUCGUCGCCGCUAUGGGCUCCCCGCAGUGCCUGCCGCUCGCCCAUGUCUUCAGGGGCACCUUCGUGCACUCCCGCCUCGACGCGCCCAUGGAGAUCCUGCACGGCCGCCUGCUGGGGGUGGAUGAAGGCGGCACGAUUGUGUUUCUGGAGCAAGCUGAUCAGCAGGAGCAACUGGCCAAGAAGUGGGGAUUCAAAACAUCUGACAUAAGAGAACUAACUCAUCAUGAAUUCUUCAUGCCGGGAUUGGUUGAUACCCACAUUCAUGCCCCUCAGUACUUAUUUGCUGGUACAAGAGUAGAUUUACCUCUUUUGCAGUGGUUAACUACUUACACAUUCCCAACAGAAGCCAAGUACAAAGACAGUGUUUUUGCAGAAGAAGUGUACACCAGAGUUGUUAGACGAACUCUGAAGAAUGGCACCACUACAGCUUGUUACUUUGCAACAAUUUACACAGAUACUUCUCUUCUCCUGGCUGACAUUAUAGAUAAAUUUGGGCAAAGAGCAUUUGUUGGCAAGGUCUGUAUGGAUAUGAAUGAUGCUGUACCACAUUACAAAGAGACUACAGCUGAUUCUGUCCAAGAGACGGAAAGGUUUGUUAGAGAACUACUGGAAAGGCAAUAUCCGAGGGUACUGCCCAUAGUAACCCCCCGCUUUGGCCCUUCCUGCACAGAAGAUUUGCUGUCUGCACUUGGCGAUUUAGCACAAACUCAUGAUCUCCAUGUACAGAGUCACAUAAGUGAAACUGAAGAAGAACUCAAAGUUGUGGAGAGCAUGUUUCCUGCUUAUCAAAAUUACACUGAUUUGUAUGAUAAAAACAAGCUGCUUACCAGCAAGACAGUGAUGGCUCAUGCUUGUCAUCUUUCUGAAGAAGAGCUGGAACUUUUUAAUCUUCGUGGAGCUGCAGUUGCACAUUGCCCCAGUUCUAACUUUUCGUUGCACAGUGGCAUCCUAAAUGUACGAAAGGUUCUGAAGCACAACGUGAAGGUUGGCCUUGGCACAGAUGUUGCUGGUGGAUAUUCAGCUUCUAUGCUUGAUGCUAUCAGGAAAACGGUGAUAGCAUCUAACACCCUUAAAAUAAAUAAAGUGAGUGAAGCAGGACUAACUCUUAAAGAAGCUUUUCGACUAGCAACUCUAGGAGGAAGCCAAGCUCUAGGACUGGAUGAUGUGAUUGGGAACUUUGAGGUUGGCAAAGAAUUUGAUGCACUGCUGAUCAACACUAAGGCUUCAGACAGUCCUUUUGACUUGUUCUCUGCUGAUACUUUCGAGGAUUGUCUCCAGAAGUUCCUCUAUCUCGGUGAUGAUCGGAAUAUUUCUGAAGUGUAUGUGGCUGGAAAGCAAGUGGUUCCUUUUUCAAGUUCAGUAUAAAUCCAUUUCCCUUUUGCAAAAUAUUCUGCUAAUUACUCUGUAUCUGAUUUGGAAAAUAUUGGUUAAAAACAGUGCCUGAUCAUUUGGAAUGACACCUCAUUUCUGUUUUAAAAUUAGCAAAUGUGAGAAAUUUUGUUAGAUCUUUCAGGAAUUAUAUGACCAACAUUGUCACAAUUCUAAGAGUAAACAAACUUUUAAAUUUGUCUGUAAAAAUAACGUGCAUUAACAAGGAAUUUGGUAAGUUUCUUACUUAAAUAAACAAUCACUUUUCCUUCCAGUAAUAUCAUAGAAAGUACCAAGAAGAGCAAGGAAGCUCUCACUGCCUGUAUGGCAUUUUAGUUGAAAAAAUGGCCAGCGUCAGUAAAUCAUUUUAGCAAAUAAAGAAUAUCACAAAAGAAUGUAAUUUCCUUUAUAUUAUCACCAAGUAUGGAGAAAUUUAGUGGCAUUUGGGGGCAUUUAGAUUGUUUUUCAUUUUUGUUUAUGUGUGUGGUUAAUUUUAAAAUACUGAUUUAUUUUGAAACAUAAUAAAUGUCUAUCUAUACAUAAUUAAGAUUUCUGAUUAUCAUCAAGCUCAGAUUUGUCAUUAGUAGUCAGAUAGAAGAGAACUGGUGGAAGAAGCAAGUGAAAAAUACACAACUGGUCCAACAACUGUGAGUGCAGAAAGACUGCACAGUUCUGAGAUGCUGUAAGCUGAAGUAGCAUUUCCUAAAUGUUGCUCUGGCAUCUGGAAGCAGUCAGCCCAAUCUUCCACCACUUCUCUAUCCACUCCACUGAAUCUGCUUUAGCUGAGCAUCCACUGAGUGAGACUUGUGCUAACCCAAAGGCAGGUACGGAGAUGUCUGAGUGAGUUUCUCUGUGGCAGAAAAUGAAUGAGUUAUUCUGGACUAGAGGGAGUGCUUCCUCUGGUUCAGCCUGUUGUAGAACCUUACCAAAUUCAUUUCCUCCUGACUGUUUAGAUUAUGGGUGAUAACAAUUUCCCUUCUCCUUUCUGUAGCAGAAGUGAGUAGGUUUAAAACAAAACCUGCAAGAAAUGGGCCGUCUCUGGCUGUUACCGCCUUUGACUUGAGGUGUAAUUCCUUACUGGAAGAAGCAACUCAGCUUUAAUGUGCUCUUUUUCUUUCAUCACUGGAACAGUAACUACAGCCCUGUACAAUGCUAGGUAAAAAAUGUGCCCUAAUUUUAAUUUUGGUAGCCUGUGUGAGUUCCUUUCUUAAAAAGUGUAUUUUCCUACUUGUUAUUACAGCCUUUUUUUAUGCAAGAUUAGUUUGAGAAUGGGGAUACUUCUUGUUUCUUUAUUAUGGUUGGGUUUUUUUUUUGUUUGUUUGUUUUUGCAAUGCAAAGGAUAUAAGCUUUAAUUUUAGUGUCAGUGGAGACAAUAUUGCACUAGCUGCUAUACAUACUUGUUGAAUACGGUUUUAAGGCCUGCUUCAAACACCUUUGAUUUCAUUGAGCUUUGUUUCACACCUUUAUCUCGCUGUCUGAUGAUAGAGAGGCACAGGACUUCCCUGUACUCAUAAAACAAGAAAGCUAACUGCAUGAAAGUCUAAAUUUCUGUCUGUAGAAGGCAACAUUCGGCCUGAUAUCACUAACAACUUGCUCUGACUUAAGGCUUUGUCAGAGCUUACGCACUGUUCAGGUUAUGCUUACAUGAGACAGUAUAGUGGAACCAUAACCUAGAUUAGGCACCUAAAGUACAUGGAAUCUUUUUCAGUUUUUUGUGGUUUUUAUUUGUUCGUUUUUGUUUUUUUUUUGCUGUCACGGAGUAGCCCUACUGAACAGCAUGGUAUUUUGGCUUGCAUAUGCCACCCUAAAGCUGCUGCACUGCUUUAGUUUUUUUUUUUUUUAGAGCUAGCUCAGGUAAUUUCACACGGCACUGCUCUGUGCCACAUGUUUGCUGAGUUACACUCUUUGUUUCCAUUAUGUUCAAUCACUCCUAAGGCUUUAGGAUUUGAGAUUCAAGGAUUGAGAUUUCAUAUUCCAUAAGGGUGUCAUAAAAGUUUUGUUUUUCCUGUGUCCCAAUAACCUACAUAGUAGCACACUUUCUUUGCAAAUACAGCCUGCAGUUCUUUAACUUGGAUUCCUGAUUCAGGGAGCGUUUUUCCUCAUGAAUUUUGACAUGAAUUUAAUUGACCAAAUUUCACAUUCCAAAACCAAAGAUCUGUGAGACAUGUUUUAAUCCUCCAGUUACUGUCUGAAACAACUCUUAAGAAGUUGCAUGGAUUGCAGCUUUGGCUUUCCUGCAGGAAUGUAUUCUGAGACAGAUGACGCAGCCUUGUGUACUAUGUAUGUUCAUGCUGUAGUACUUCGCUUCCAGAGCUAUGGAUUAUAUCAACACUUUUAUUUUAGUGAUAGUCUAAGCUGUGCGUGACUUUAUGGCUAUUUUGUGGUAGUGUUUAGAGUGAGAUUCAGUGUUUCUUUUGAAAGAUUUGGAGAUGGGGAGGGGUUGAUUAUUUGCAAACUGGGAGUACAGAAAAAAAGCUUUAACAAUCUCACCACUGAUUCCUAGUGGCCCAGUUACAAAGGGACUCUCUAGAAUAUCUGCUGGGAAUAACUUUUGGAUUUGAAUAUUGGCAUGUCAUGAGAGUCUGAGUCUUGCUAAAUUCCAGCACAAGGCAGGAAUUCAGCUUUUUGAUUAUCGCUUUUCUGGUGUCUGGUAGCCAGACACUACGCAGACUUAGAAAUAGAGAAUCAAUUUUCCAGAAUUGCAGCUGAGGAAGGAGCUCUGCCCACAAGUAGUAGUGCCCGCAACAAGCCCAAAUUUGGUGAGAGGGAGCCAGUGGAGGAACUGAUACAGCCAUGUAACAAACAAACUGGAAGGUAGUUCCAAAAGUAGCAUCUAACUAGAACUGAAUGUAAAAAUACUGUAAUGCCAGAAAGAAAGUUCCUUUGUGGUAGACCCAGACCUUUCCAUGGGAGAUAGCUUACACAGGGAAGGAGACUGGUUUUAGGAGAUAUGGAAGAUGUAGUAGUCAGACUUCUCUGAAGUAAUUUUGGGGAAGGAUCCUGCUGGGAAGUAUUUAUUAGUCCUUGGGAUUCUUUGGCUGUGUGCAGAUUGCGGAGAUGCUUGGUGCAGUAGGAGAGAAUCAGUAGGGGAAAGCAGUUACUGCUGACACUUGUACCUCUCCACCAAUGCCUGCAUAUAGUCUGAUUCCUUGCACUCCACUGUGUAUGUGGUUUGAAGCGAGGCAGGUAAUUGGUUCAGACUCUUAAAGUCUCGGUUAGAGGCUGUAUUUGGUGUGCGACUGCACCUCCAGCGUAGUUUCCUCCAAGAGAAUCUUCCUUGUUGUAUACCAAAACCACCCUGCAGGCGGAAGAAAUGUUCAUUUAGUGGUGUCUAAACACCACUGCUGCCUCAAAAAAAAAAGCUAAUGCUAAUGGAGGAUAUGACUUACACUAUUCCCCCUUCAUACUCAAUGGCAUAGAAGACAAAUCAAAGCAACUCCUUUUCUUCUCCUUGUUCUUUCAAAAAAAAAAAAAAGUAAAAAAAAAAAGCUUAAUAAAAAUAAGGUAACUGUACACUGUGGGGACAUGACAAAGUAGAAGAAAACAUCAGGAUAAUUUUCAGUCAGCAUACACUGAGAUUGUACUAUUGACAUAAGAUAGAGCCUCUGGAAAAAUGUACAUGCAACUGUUUCCAGAUGUCAGUCCCCAUUAGUUCUCUUGACAGAUUGUGGAUGGGAUCUUUAUUUUUGAUGUGUCUUUGUGUUCAGUGUCAGUACACCAUUCAGACUAAGAAAAAUAACGGUAAUUUGUGGCAAGCUUGCUUGUUGGGACAAUAUGCUUAAUAUGUUCAGUGUUCAGAUGAGCACUUAUUUAUUAUAAAUGGAGUAUAUUUGAAUUAUAUGUUGAUCUCAUUGUGUCACUUUAGGUUUUGAUUAUUAAUGAAAUGCGAGUAAGUAUCGUUUAUGCAUUAUGCAGCGUUAUUUGAAUUAUUCAUGUGUGGCAAGUGGAGUUCUGCACUUUAUAAUGUUGGCUUGACCUAGUGUUUAUAUUUAUUCUGUGUUUUUAUGCAAUCAGAAAGCUUAAUGGGGGAAAAAAGGUAUAUUUGUUCUUUGUACUGAGCAUUUGCAUUAUUGUAAGUGGAAUUGAUUUCAAAAAGAAAUGUUAAAAUGGCCCUCUUUAUAAGUCUGUGCCUGAUUAUACGCUCACGAGUGAAACAGCUUUAAUGGUUUUAUAAAAUCUGACUUGAAUAGCAAUGAUGUUUUAAUUAAAAAAUACUUACAGAGAAAUAAUUUUUUAUUCUAAGUAUGAUUAUGCUUUGCAGAUUAGCAGAAGUUAAUCAGUCAUGCUAUAUAUCUACAAGUCUACUGAGGAAGGAGUAUAACUCUUCCUGUUUAUACAUUUAAGAAGAAUGUGUAUGCUUUGAAAAACAAAAUGCUUAAAUUCUUUCAGAGAACAUCUCAGUUUUAAUACGAAAUUAUAUUAUCAGUAUUACUCAGGGAAAUGUUUAAACAAAUUUUUCAGCAUUUCCAUAAACAAUCAGUAACAGAUAACAAGGUGGAUGGCUUUUAAAAUAAUACUGGAUUGGUAUAAAUAAGUAGUCUUGCAUUAUGUGCAGUCCUGUGUUUAGCAUUGAGCAACUCAUCUCUAAGGAGUUGUUGCACAAGUGGAAGGGAUUCAGGAAAACUUAAGGGACAUGGGAAAUCUGAGAAAGGACUGGUAAAAAAAUAUAAUUUGAAAAGGCAGCAAAAUGCAAAAUAAUGCAAAGUAGAAAGAAGCUAGAUCAGAGGAAGUCGUACAAAUGCAAUGACAUGUUAGUGAGGUUUUAGGUGGGAAAUGAUAAGGAAAGGAGAAAAUUUUUCAGGCUCAGUGCUGUUAAAUCACAGACUUGAUUUCUUCAGAAAGUCAUUGAGGCCCAAGAACAGAACAGAUUUCCAAAGGGAACCUGUUAUUUAUACACUUAAAUUAAGAACCCAAAUUACCACAGCUAAUUGUAACACUUUUCAACCUCUCAAACUCUACUUCAGGAUUUAAACCAAAGCUGCCUGCAGCAACUCCAGAAGAAACUUAAUACAAUAUCAUGUUUUAUCUUCAUGUUUCCUAUGAAACAUCUGGCAUUUGGCAGGUCAGAUACUCUGACCUCAGGGGAGCACCACUGCUGCCCCAUGCAACAUCCUCUGUCACACACCUCAUGGUGCAAUGAUGACAGAGUUCAACAACACAGGUAUACAAGCUUCUGGUGUGACUGGACUUCCUGCGAAUAAGCUGAUUCCAUUAUCAGACUGUUUCGAAGUUCAGAAAACACAGAGAGUGUGGCACAUUUUAACUUGCACAAUCAGCUUGAAGUGUUAGUUCACAACCAAACAGCGAUCUCAUAUGCACUAGGAACUUUGUCCUAAAGUUUAUUUUUAAGCCCUGUUGUUGUGUGUAAAAUAACAACUGCUUACUUCAACAGAGAAGCCAGCAGAUGACAUCUGCUAGUCUCUCUUUACAAUAUAAACAACAGCAACAAAAACAGUUCUUGGGAGACCAAAAGGAUAUCAGCAACAAUCUGUUGUGUAAGGUUAAUAAAACCGUUAGUUUUCCUCGAAAGGCUGAGCAGUUGUUUUGGAGGGCAAUUUUUCCAGGAAAUUUCAGUAGAAACUUUUUUUCUUGGAAAAUGUCCUAAGCCGAGGUGUGCUUCAACCAGUGAGAUCCCCAGUGACUUCUGCAGAGGCAGUGAUAUGUGAAGAAGUGAAUACAACAGUCUUGCCUAGAGUCAACCUUUCUCCCUGCUCAGGACUUAGACUUGUGUAUUUGGUUUGUGGUUUCUCACAGACUUCGUUUUAAUUUGAAAAUAACCGGAAUGAAUGAGUACAGUUGGGCUUGAAAGGUAAUCUCACAGCCACCCACCUAAUACUUAAUUCAAAAGAUCUGACCUAUCAGAAAAGUAUGAUUACACUUACACAGCUUGUGGGCUCAUUGUUUUGGCUUAAUGAUUUGAGUCAGCUGGGAAGAAACACAGCCAAGACCAAGAUGUAGACUGUGAGCAGCUGACAUAAACAGAAAUAUAUUUCACCUUGGUCUGCACUUGAGCCACUGAAGGCCUUGCUUAUCCACAUGCCCCUAGACGCCUUUGGAUACAAAACUGAGCCUUCAGUAGAAGGGACCAAUGUUUCUGUUAACUAAGCUUUUCAACUCUGUGUCUGGCAGAUCUUUGAUCUCUGGCUUUGGAGCUGGGCUGUGUGUGCAUUAAAAGCUUUUGCUGAUGGAGGUUUUAAAAAGUUAAAAAAAGUAAGUAAAAGUGGUUACACAUUCUCCUUAGCUGUUGAAGAUAGCAGCAGGAAGACUGUCAGUCUUUCCUUCAAUAUGAGCCUUCUUUCCCCAAAGGAGAGAUGACAUCUCAAUGGAGUAAGCUUUUCUGAUUCUAGUCCUUGGUUUUGUCAGCUUGUCACCUGCUUGUAGGUUCUGGUUGGUUCUUUUCUGAAAAAUGCCUAUCUGGAGUUAUGUUGUUGAAUUCCUCCUAUCUGUUGUGCUCACGUGUAGUUUCAAAAAAGAGCAGUGUAUUUGGAAAAAUUGUAUAUGUGAUUUCCUUUGUUCUGCUUGUUUUUGAUCAUGCUAAAUGGGAACUUAUGUACUGUUGAAGCAAAAUAAAGUGGCCUUGUGUUUACA